UCUCGCCUUCGUAAACCGAUAGGAGAGGAGGAGAGGAGUGGGCUAUUCACUCAUUGUUACGGGCUCCUUGAGUGGGAAAACCCCGACACGUAGAAAAAAAACUGCCGACAGAAAGGACCUACAACCCGUCAUGUGACCGUUUGGAACAGCGUAUCAUGCGCAUUCAGAUCCCUUGACAUCUACACCAAUUGCAGGGAUCCACUCGCUGACCUAAAUCAUUGUUUAUAACCUGUGUAUGUGGUGAGAAGGGGACUCCUGUGGUCAGACAACCCAAAGCCAGGCCUCAUGCUCAGGUGAUGAAGAUCCUAUGAUUCAAGAGGGUGAUGGAGACAGUCAGCCUCAGCCAUGGCAGCCAUCUUUUUACACACACAGACUGGUACACUCUGAGACCAGGAACAGGGCCAGUCUCUCCCCUGAUCGCCACUUACCUGUAUCCCAACACUUUGCUCUCCAUCACCGAACUACUGCUUUGUGAAUGAUGCUGAUGAUUCAGGCUGUCCCUGUCCGCAGCCUGGGUUCUUCCCUAACCCUGUCCCUGUCCUCAGCCUGGGUUCUUCCCUAACCCUGUCCCUGUCCGCAGCCUGGGUUCUUCCCUAACCCUGUCCCUGUCCGCAGCCUGGGUUCUUCCCUAACCCUGUCCCUGUCCGCAGCCUGGGUUCUUCCCUAACCCUGUCCCUGUCCGUGCACCAGCCUGCGGGGACCAUGGAGCUGCUGUGGGUGCUGUGUGUGUCCAUGCUGAUGCCUCCAGCGGUGGUGGUGGAGGCCAUCCCCAUGGGGUCUGCAGCUGGGAGCCACAGCAUGUUCACCUGUGAACCCAUCACCCUGCGUCUGUGUCAGGGGCUGCCCUAUAACUCCACCUUCAUGCCCAACCACCUCAACCAUUACGACCAGCAGACCGCCGCGCUCGCCAUGGAGCCCUUCCACCCCAUUGUGAACCUGCAGUGUUCCUCAGAGCUGAGGAUGUUCCUGUGUGCCCUCUAUGCUCCGGUGUGUACUGAGUACGGACGCAUGACACUGCCCUGCCGACGGCCGUGCCAGAGAGCCAAGGGAGACUGCUACAAACUCAUGGACAUGUUCGGAGUCACCUGGCCAGAAGAGAUGGACUGUAACAGGUUCCCAGACUGUGACGAGCCAUACCCCCGUCCUGGAGACCUGCUCUCCAGCGCAGACUCCACUGAGUCGCCCAUCUCCGUCCAGCACGACUAUGGCUUCUGGUGCCCCCGUGAGCUCAAGAUCGACCCCAACCUGGGCUACUCCUUCCUGGGUGUGACGGACUGCUCGCCCCCCUGCCCCAACAUGUAUUUCCAGCGGGACGAGCUGGUGUUUGCCCGCUACUUCAUCGGCGUGGUGUCUAUUGUCUGUCUCUCGGCAACCCUCUUCACCUUCCUCACCUUCCUCAUCGAUGUGUCCAGGUUCCGCUACCCAGAGCGCCCAAUCAUCUUCUACGCCAUGUGCUACAUGAUGGUGUCGCUGGUGUUCUUGCUGGGCUUCCUGCUGGAGGACCGGGUGGCGUGCCACGCGGCGAGCUCCGCCCUUUUCCGGGCGUCCACCGUCACCCAGGGCUCACACAACAAGGUGUGCACGUUGUUCUUUAUGAUACUCUACUUCUUCACUAUGGCCGGCAGUGUGUGGUGGGUCAUCCUCACCCUCACCUGGUUCCUGGCUGCCGUGCCUAAGUGGGGCAGUGAGGCCAUAGAGAAGAAGGCCCUGAUCUUCCAUGCCUGUGCCUGGGGCCUACCCGGUUGUCUCACCGUCACUUUAACAGCUAUGAACAAGAUAGAAGGGGAUAGUGUCAGCGGGGUGUGUUUCGUGGGGCUGUAUGACCGCACAGCGCUGAGAUGGUUUCUGCUGGCUCCACUGGGUCUGGAUGUUUUGGUGGGCGUGGCAUUACUGUUAGCGGGAAUCCUUGCUUUGAACCGCGUGCGUAUGGAGAUCCCUCUGGAGAAGGAGAACCAGGACAAGCUGGUGAAGUUUAUGAUCCGUAUCGGGGUGUUCUCUGUGCUCUACCUGGUCCCUCUGUUGACGGUCAUAACUUGCUACCUUUAUGAAAACAGCUAUAGGACUGUCUGGGAGACUACCUGGGUACAGGAGCGCUGCAGAGAGUACCACAUCCCCUGUCCAUACCAGAUUGAGCAGACCAACAGACCAAACCUGUCUCUGUUCCUCAUUAAGUACUUGAUGAUGUUGGUAGUCGGGAUCCCUUCAGUGUUCUGGGUGGGCAGCAAGAAGACCUGCUUUGAAUGGGCCAGCUUCUUACACGGACAGACACGCAAAGAUAAUGUGGUGAACGAGAGUAGACAGGUGCUCCAGGAGCCAGAUUUUGCCCAGCUGCUCCUGCAGGAUCCCAACACCCCCAUGGUGAGGAAGUCCAGAGGGACGUCCACACAGGGCACCUCCACCUACCUGGCCAUGCUGGACGAGCCCCCCAGCGGGAGCAUGAGCCGGGCAAGCAGUGUCCGCAGCAAGAUGAGCAGCCUUUAUAGAUCCAGAGACGGCAGGUACACGGCGUAUAGUUUCCGCGGAGCCGAGGAUCGCCUCCCCUACGACAGCAUGCUCCACCUCAACGACCAAUCAGGGUCCAGACACUGCAGCACCAACCGUCAGGACAGCAUAUCAAGGCACGGCUCCACCCAGCGCCUGGAGCGCAAAUCGCAGCACAGCAGCAUCAAGGACCUUAGCAACAUCACCCAGGCCAUUCAGAGCGCCCCCGGCAACAGAAUCCACAGAGUCCUAAAGGAGAAUGGAGCCACUGCCUGAACUACCCCCUAAACACGACCCUGUAGCUAAAACCCAUGCCAUCCUUUAAAAUACACAAGUGUCUAGGCCUAGAGGUGGAUGUUGAUGUGGGACUGGGCAUACUAGAUCUUUGUGUGACAGUUUGAGAGUAAGGAGACUGUGGAAACAGGACAUACUGCAUGGUUGUUUGAUAAUCAUACCUCAACAUGUCCCCUCACUCAGCCUCACUAAACAGCACUGAUAAAUGAAGAUAGCGGACAGUGUAACAUGGACCUGCACCAAUAACACUGAAGAAACAAUAUUCUUGAAUACAGAGUAGUUUCUCCAAUGCUGUUUGUUCUCUGUUCUGGAGUCAGCUCUAGGUAAAAGACGGAGCGCAGGGAUCAGUUUCACGUGGAAGAUAUUUUUAAGAGCUUCUUAUCUAUCGGCACGUUCCACUACUCAGGGAGGGAUGAAUCUAAGGAUUUUAGAAUCUAGAUCGCUCCAUUAUCGGUCGCCAAAGCACUCUUUAAAAGCCAAGACUUUAUUCUUAUAGACCACAAUGUUUACCUGUACGAGAACUAUUGUAGACUGGUCUCAAAAACCACGGUUCUACUUUGACACGUCUAUUGUUUUCAUUGCACUUCUGUUAGAGGUACUGUAAGUGAGGAGUAGGGCCAGGAGUCUGUCCUAUUGAUGAAUGAGCAGUUGUGAAGUGAGAGGCUGUAUUGUAUAACAGCGGACUUAAACUCCAGUCUCAUAGGUAGAAUAUGAUAGUCUUCUUUUCCCUCAGAAUUAGAAUCAGUUGUAUUGUUCCUCCCCUUCUAUGAAUUGUAUAGAUGCAUGUAAACCAGAACUUCUUCUAGUAAUGGCAAUGUGAAUAGAUGUACAUUUGUUCUUUUUUUUAAUAAACUCUUCUCAUGGGAAAUCUGUAAGUGGAUCUGUGCCCUAGCCUGGAAGCCAAACAAUGGUGAAUCAGGCUAUAUGUCCCCUCCCGAGGAAAGAAAGGAAAUCAGGACACGAACAUCAGUGAAGCCGUAUUUGUAACAGCCCUCUGUUUUAUUGAAAUACAUCAGAGUCAGGUUAAUAUAAUGAGCUCUCUCUUAAUGAGCCAGUUUCCAUACAUUAUUUGUUUGACCUUACACCUUAAAUAUUUCUGUGCAAAAAGAAUCUACAUCACCUGUAGUGGGUAUCCUCAGUAAAACUCCCCACCG